AUGCCUCUUCAGUGUGCUUACAUCGGUUUGGGUGCCAUGGGCUAUCCCAUGGCAGGUCACAUUGCAAAUCAUCUACAGACCCUUAAAUAUCCUAGUCUUUUAGUUCAUAACCGAACUCUUGGACGCGCAGAAUCUUUGGCUUCCAGUGUACCGAGUCGGGUCGCACGCUCAAUCGCGGAAUGCGCCAUAGCCGACGUGGUGUUUACUUGCCUGCUGAACGACGCAAUAGUCGAACAGACCGUUACAAGUCUUCUGGAGGCCGGUCUGAAAAAAGGUGCUAUCAUCGUGGAACAAUCUACCGUUGCACCAGCUCUGGUAGAUUCACUCGCAGCCAAGGCUCGCGCAUCGGGUGUUUUCUAUCUUGCUUGUCCCAUCAUGGGCCCACCCCAGCGUGCCCAGUCUGCUGAUCUCGUCGUGUUAAUGGCCGGACCAAAGGCACAGCAAGCUAUUGUCAAGCCUCUCUUGAUUCCUGCAAUUGGUAAAAAGGCAAUUGAACUUGGUGAAGACCCAGCUGAAUCUAUCCGUCUCAAGCUAUGUGGUAACUUUCUUGUUACGAGUUCUUGCGAAAUGCUUGCAGAGGCUCUCACUUUGGGCGAAGCUGCCGGUAUUCCCCAAGACAAGGUUGGAGAGCUGGUCGGAAGCGUGUUUUCUUCCCCUCUUUUAAACAUCUACACUACCCGAAUGGUUCAAAAAACAUAUAAUGAUCAGGUGCACUUUUCCCUCACUGGUGCCAAAAAAGAUGGUACUCAUAUUCACAAUAUGGGUAUUGCCUCUGGAAUUAAAUUGCCCAUUACCGAAGCAUUUCUCAACAAUGUCAAGUCUGCUCACGACAAAAGGGGUGAUAUUGAUAUUACUGGAAUUGUUGGAGCUGUACGUGAAGGAGCAGGUUUGGAUUUCGAUUUGAAAAAGGAUUAAACGAGUCACAGGGUACAUCUUUAGGCACAGUUUCGCAGUAGAUUUAGUUUAUCGAUUGUAAUGAAUAAACCACCAUUUAUUUCUGUUCGGAUUGUCAACAUUGAUCAUUACCUUGCUGAGCCUGGGCCAUUUGAUCGUAAUUAUUGUCCUUUUGAUCAAGCUCGAAUCAAUAAAGUUCCUGUCAUUCGAAUAUUUGGCUCUACGCCUGCAGGAC